AUGUACCAUUUAUGGAAGGCUUUGUCCCAAAUGCAAAAGAACGCUAAGUUUCUCAAGGAUCUUUUAACAAACAAGCGAAAACUUGAAGAGAUGUCGAUAGUGACAUUGAGCAAAGGGAGUUUGGCUUUGCUUCAAAACCUGCUACCUAGGAAGCAAAAAGAUCCAGGGAGCUUUACUAUUCCUUGCAACAUUGAUGAUUUGGUUGAUGAAAAAGCCCUAGUGGAUUUGGGGGCUAGCAUUAAUGUAAUGUCAUUCACCAUGUUUAGUAAACAUGGACUAUGUGACCUUAAACCGAUUAGGAUGACAUUGCAACUAGUGUACCUCUCCAUUAGACAUCCUAGGAGAAUCAUAGAAGAUGUUUUGGUUAAGGUUGACAAAUUUAUUUUUCCAAUAGAUUUUGUGAUUCUAGAUGUAGAUGAGGAUGUUGAAGUGCCCCUCAUUCUUGGUAGGUCAUUCCUAGCCACCUCCGAAGCCCUUAUUGAUGUUAGUAGUCGUAAAAUAACACUUAGGGUUUGGGAUGAGGAAGUUAUUUUUGCUUUAUCUGAUGAAAUUAAACAUCCCUUUACUUUUGAUGAUACAUGUUACUACAUUAAUGGAACUGACUCGCUUGUGGAUGAAUGCGUGUAG